ACACACCACAGUGCAGACAUGUCUCUCUCAAAGAUGAGUCGUCAGCAGCUCCUUACUUCAAUUGCUAUGGCGUCCAUAAACUUCAGCUCAAUGAUAUGCUAUUCAAUAUUAGGACCAUUUUUUCCACCAGAGGCAGAGAGAAAAGGAGUAAGCCAAGCAAUCAUUGGGUUAAUAUUUGGAUGCUAUGCUUUCUUCACUUUGAUUGGAUCAUUGAUCUUGGGGAAAUAUAUUGUCCAAAUCGGAGCUAAAUGCAUGAUAAUUUCAGGCCUGUUAAUUUCAGGAUUAACUACUGUAGUCUUUGGAUUCCUAGAUAGAGCUCCUGAUGGAACCAUCUUCAUCGUGCUCUGCUUUAUCAUAAGGUCUGUGAAUGCAGUGGGCUUUGCUGGUGCUGUAACGUCCUCUUUUGCUGUGUCAGCAAAAGUGUUUCCUGACAAUAUAGCAACAGUUCUGGGCUUUAUUGAGAUUUUCACAGGAAUGGGUCUCAUACUGGGACCACCUUUGGGUGGAUGGAUGUAUCAGGCAUUUGGAUAUGAAAUUCCAUUCGUUGCUUUGGGAAGUGUUCUGUUUUUGACUGUUCCCUUAACCAUGUGGAUUUUGCCAAACUUUGAUGCAGUUGCCUCACACGGCUCCUUCUUGAAGCUCUGCUCAGGAGUGAAGAUGAUUCUCAUUUGCUUUGUGGUGUUCACACUGAGCUCAGGACUCGGCUUUUUGGAUGCAACCCUAUCAAUAUUUGCCAUGGAAGCAUUUCACCUGAGUGCUGAAUCUGUGGGGCUGCUCAUGGUUGCAGUGUCGUUACCCUAUGGUGCUGCAUCCCCCAUCCUUGGGAUAAUAAGUGAUAAGUAUCCAUUCAGCAGAAGGUGGAUGAUGGCGAUAGGAGGAAUGGCAACAGGAGUUGGCUUUUGUUUACUGGGUCCUAUUCCUGUCUUUCAUAUCAAGAGUGAGCUUUGGCUUACUGUUGUCAUGCUGGUGGUCAUCGGGUUUUCUCUGUGCAUGACCUGUAUCCCCACCUUCACUGAGAUGCUCAUCUGUGCACAUGAAAAUGGAUUUGAGGAAAGCUUAAGCACACUGGGUUUGGUAUCAGGACUGUUUUCAGCUGUGUGGUCUGCAGGGAUGUUCUUUGGGCCCACUAUUGGUGGAUUCAUCACACAGAAAGUGAAUUUUGCAUGGGGUGCAGGUUUUCAAGGAGGGAUCACCUUUAUUGCUGCCUUCCUACUCAUGUUAUUUUUAGCCAAAGAAGAAGUACACAAGAAAGGAUUUCAGAAAAUCAAUGGGGCUGAAUGCACAUUGUACACUGGGGAAAAAUCCCCUCUUCUCUGCUCAUCUUCAGAAACUUCUGUUUGAUUAUGUACUCUAAUUGCUGACCAAGCUGAAGUUAUCUGUGGUGCAUUGGUACAUCACUAUGUGGAAACGAGUAUUGUCAAUACAAAGAAAUUUAAUUCUUCAUAUUAAUAGCUGUGUUGUGAAAACACAAAUGCUUUAGAGCAAGAAAAUGCUUUUAACCUGGGAAUAGCAAACGUGUGGUGGACAAUCAGGUGCUAUUCAUUUGUAAAGCAAGUUUAUUGUAUUUGAAAUGUAUUGGGACUCCAAAACCUAUAGUUAUAACUUUAUCCAUUACAGAGGGUUAAGUUGCACAGAUUACGUAAAAAAAAGUUUUGAU